ACCAACUCGAUACCAUUUUGGACCUCAAGCUUCAGAGCGCGUUCGACGUACCUCCACGCCACUACGAGAUGAUAUUCCUGGUGCACGAGGGGCGCACAGACGAAACUCCCGCUAUCAUAGAGAAGAUCACAGAGAUGGUGAAGGAUGCGAGGGGCACGGUGUGGAGAGUGAAUGACUGGGGCAUGAGGCGCCUGGCAUACCGUAUUCAGAAGACAUGGCAGGCGCAAUAUAUCCUCAUGAACAUCGAGGUUCCCUCAGAUAAGAUUGCGGCGAUUGAGAAGGUUCUGCUGCAGGACGAGAGGGUGAUUCGGCACCUUGUGACCAAGCAGGAUAAGGCGGAGAGGAAGGAUUACCCCGCUCCGGUGAUGUACAAUGCGGUUGGGAGCGGUGGGGAUGAGUCGGAUGAUGAUGAGGAUGAGGAGGAUGAGGAUGAGGAUGACGAAGAGGAUUGGGAGGAUGAGGAUGAGGAUGAGGAGGACGAGGAGGAAGAGGGGGAGGAGAGUGAGGGAAAGAGGUUACCAGCAGAAGUGACAAGUCGUAAAGCCUAG